AUAUAAUAAAAGAUAGUGAUUGCUCCUUUGUGCUUAGCUAAGGAGAGAAUAAUGGUUCUUUUGGAUAUGACCUUAACAUGCACCGGCAGAGGCCCGGAGUGCUUGAAGAGAACUUGAUCUCCGACUGAAAAUAGUUUUAUUCAUUUACUUCCCCAACGGCUCGCUGUACAUAGGAAACGCCUCACCGUACGGUGUACAUAGUGUGGACGGAACAGUAAGAAGGUGAUAUAUGUAAAUCAACUCAAUCCCACUGAAAAAUUCUGUUUAUAUUUUCUGUCACCAGCUGGAUUGUUACCUGUCUGCUAACUCCCGCUGAGAAAUCAGAUAGGAGACAUGUCUAGCCUGAUGUUGUCAUUCAGUUUUGCAGCCAUGGCCGUUAACUAUUUAGCUGGCCGAUAUAUAUCUGUAGAACCGACCAGACCCAACUGUACAGAAAGCAUAAAACUGAUUUAUUAUUUCUGAUGGCGACUGGCGCAAAACGUAUUGUUGUGGGAGUGGAUGUCGGGGGGACGAAUACAGACGCGGUUAUCCUGGAUCUUAGUACUAAUCCAUAUCAAGUGCUAACGUCAUGUAAAACACCAACCACCCAUGACAUAACUUCCGGUGUGAAAAAUGCUCUGCUUUCUGUAGUCAACAAAGCGUUGGAGAUGUCACCGUUAGACCUUACACAGAUAAACAUUGGAACGACUCACUUUGUGAAUGCGAUUGUACAAAGAAAAGACCUUGUAAAAGUCGCUGUCAUUCGUCUUUGCGGACCAGCAUCUCUUGAUCUCCCGCCUUUUACUGAUAUUCCGGUUGAUUUACGGAGUAUCAUCUAUGGAGGAUACUGCACUGCAAAUGGUGGAUACGAAUUCGAUGGCAAAGAAAUAUCAUCAGUGGAUGAAAAUGAGAUCAUCGAGUUUCUCAAGAAAAUGGAAUCUGUUGGUGUCACUAACGUAGUUGUUUCUGGUAUCUUUUCACCUGUUCGAAUUGAUCAAGAAAACUUGAUUAGGACAAUAAUACAUAAGCAUAAUCCCAGAAUAAGUAUUACCUUAUCAUAUCACAUUGGCCAUAUUGGACUUUUACAAAGAGAAAAUGCAGCAAUCCUCAACGAGGCUUUGAAACCUUUGUGCAAAAGAACAAUAGAGCGGUUUAAUUCCGCAGUAUCUGAAAUUGGGAUAUCUUGUCCAAUUUUUCUAACGAAAAAUGAUGGUACUGUCAUAGAAAAACACAAGGCAAUGGAAUACCCAAUCAAUACGUUUUCCUCUGGACCGACCAAUAGCAUGAGAGGUGCAGCUUUCCUCUCAGGACUUAAGAAUGCAGUAGUGGUUGAUAUUGGAGGUACUACUACCGACGUUGGACUCAUAACAAAAGGGUUUCCCAGACUUUCUUCAUCCGAAAUCAGAAUCGGAGGAAUUAGAACCAAUUUUCGCAUGCCAGAUGUAAGGAGCAUCGGUUUGGGAGGUGGAUCUUACGUGCGACAGGAAGGUGAUAAAGUGGUAGUUGGACCGGAGAGUGCUGGAUUCAGAAUAUUAGAGGAGAGCAUGGUAUUUUCAAAUACUGAGCACGUUGGAGAAAGUAGGCUUACUGCAACUGAUAUAUCAGUUGCUGCAAGAUUUUCAAACAUGGGAAAUCCCGAAAGAGUCAAACAUCUUCAGAAGAGUUUUGUCGAAAAAUCUGUCAAUGUGAUAAAGGGAAAGGUAGAGGAUUGUAUUGAUGAGGCAAAAAUAACAUCCGAUGAUUUGCCAGCUAUACUGGUUGGCGGGGGUCACAUACUCUUGGAUAAAAAAGAAAAAAUGACUGGUGUUAGCGAAAUCGUAAUUCCUAAACACUCUGAAAUUGCAAACGCUAUAGGCGCGGCGCUCUCCCAGGUUACAGGGAAUGUGGAAUACGUCAAGAGUUUAGAUGAUGUUGUGGAUAAAUCUGAAAUGGAAAGAAAGAUAUCAGCAGCUACAAAGAUGGAUACGACAGACGAAGAAAAAGAAAGUACUCGUAAGGAAGUAACAAAACUUGUAUAUGAAGAAGCACAUAAGAAAUUACUAGAUGAGACGCGUCAGAUUGCGAUUGCUAACGCCAUAGGUAUAGGAGCAGAGGAAAAAUCCAUAUUCGUUCUAGAAGAAGGAGAUAUCCCCUUGUCAUAUCUUCCAGGGAAUGCUUCUAAAUUCUAUGUGAGAGUUAUUGGUGACAUAGAUUUGAAGAGUCUUCCAACAAGUCGUGUCUUUAAGAAAAUUGAGACUGAGGACAUACAGAUUAAAAUGCAAGAAUCUCCCAAAGGCGACAAACAGAUGUAUACCAGUACUGGUAGGCUUCUUGUAAAAGAAACAAAAUCAAAACCACUCACACCAUCUUUCAAUGAAGCUGGUGAAUGGCUUUUGACGGAGUUUGAUGUGGAAUGUAUUAGUAUCGGUGCGGGCAUCUUAGGCUCUGGUGGCGGAGGAUCUCCAUAUAUAGGAAAAUUAAGAGCACAAAAAUGUUUGAAAGACGGUAAAAAAAUCAGGGUGGUUAGUCCAUUGAGACUUAUGGAAAAUGCAGAUAACAAAAAUGAUUUGGUUGUCAUUGUAGCUGCAAUGGGAGCACCAUUAAUUGCAGAAGAAAAACUUUUUGGCAGAGAAUGUAAAGAUGCGUUACAAUGUAUGGGAGAUUUGUAUUCGGAUGGUUACGAUGAUGGAGAUAUUUCCGAAAGCGUAAAUAUUAUAAAACGAGAGAAAAGGAUUACAUAUAUUGAUGACUAUCAGUCUAACCAACACAAUAAGACUUUGUCAAAGUGCAUGGGUAAGAAAAGGAUAGUGGGUGUGAUGAGUGCAGAAAUCGGCGGCAUGAAUUCUGUAGAACCAUUCACCGUUGCUGCCGAAAUGGAUUUGCCAGUUUUAGACUGUGAUGGAAUGGGAAGAGCUUUUCCAGAGCUUCAAAUGUUCACGCCUCUUAUAUAUGGAAUGUUACCAUACCCUUCUACUUUGGCCGAUGCAAAAGGGAGAAGAGCGGUUAUUUUAAGAGCCGAUUCUUCCAAAGACAUAGAAAAUCACUUUCGCAAGGUAGUUGUUGAAAUGGGUUGCAUGGCAGGUGUUGUAAUUUCAAAGUUACAAAAGGAUGAUGUUUUGGAGAAAACUAUCAUGUUUACAACAAGUCAUGCAUGGAGGAUCGGAAGGGCAGUUAUUAAUGCCAGAAAUACAAAAGAAUCUACAGCGGAAGCGGUUCUUAGAAUAAGUGGAGGAAAAAUCCUAGUAGUUGGAAAAAUAACAAGUGUGAAGAGGGAAACAACAGGGGGGUUUAAUAUUGGACAUGUUAUCAUUAAAUCAACUACUGAUAAAGACACCAUUCUUAGAAUUGAAUUCCAAAAUGAAAAUCUUAUUGCAAUCUCCGUGACAUCUGAAAAAGAGGAAAUUGUAGCUACUGUUCCUGAUCUGAUAACGAUUAUUGAUACGGAUAACGGGGAUCCUAUACCGACGGAAGCUGUCCGUUAUGGACUUCGUGUAACAGUCCUAGUUCUUCCAGCUCACGAGAUGUUAAAAACCGAACAAGCACUUCAUUUUGUUGGUCCUAAAGCCUUUGGAUACGGUUCUCUUGCGUACAAACCAUGCUGUGAGUCAGUAAGCCCGUGUUUCAUUGAUUCCGAGUGUGAAUAAGCGAUUCCGUGUUCCUUAUCAAAAUGAUAAAACAUCUACGAUUGCUGAACGUUGUUGCAAUGCUUAUAAUAAGAUAUUUAGAUCAAUUUAUAGUCUGUUUUGAUAACCAUUUCGAUUUAGGUAGACUUUUGAUAUACCUUAGUUCAUCAUUAUAAAUUCAUUCAUGUAAUAGGUAUACAUCUCACUGGAUACAACCCAAAAGAACUCGUUAUAAUGUUCUGCAAAUUUCUGUAAAUCAAUGUUCUAUAUUGACGAUGCUAGAAUCCUAGAAAAGUAGCGAUAUGAUACAAUAGUUGCGAUAGUAUGAUUUUACAGUGGCGGUGAUAUGAAGUCAUAGUUCUGUGGAAAUAAUGCUAUUGCCAUUGUUCCAGAAAAGGAUUGUAAUAUGACGAUAGUAAGUUGUAUGACAGCAGCGUAUUUCCAUAACUCAAUAAGUCUGGGAAUUUUAGCUGUGGUUUAGUAAUGCAUGCUUUUUACUUUUGAAUGUAAGGAGAGGUAAAUUUAGGCAAUUUAGGACCUCCAUGUUUACAAUGACUGUCUGGUUGUUAGAAAAAAGGCAAGAUGGUGUUUACAAUACUCGUGUACAUGUACAUGUAUUAUUGAAUUCAUAAUAAAGAUAAAUUAUC